AUGCUAGAAGAAAGACUUGUAAAUAUGGGAAAACAACGUUCAAGAUCUGGAUUGUCUGAGCUGUGCUCAGUGCAAGAAGUCAGAAACUUCACAAAAGUAUUUUUGCCAAUUGCAUACUCAAUUAUGUGUGUCCUGGGCUUAGUGGGUAACGUCUUUGUAGUAAUGACCUUUGCUUUACAUAAAAAGCCUAAGUGUAUGACAGAUAUAUACCUCUUCAACAUGGCCAUAGCAGACAUAUUGUUUGUUCUCACUCUUCCAUUCUGGGCAGUGAAUUAUGCUGCCCAAAAAUGGAUCUUUGGUGACUUCAUAUGCAAAAUUACCAGAGGUAUUUAUGCAAUCAACUUCAAUUGUGGUAUGCUGCUCUUGGCCUUUAUCAGUAUGGACCGAUACAUUGCUAUUGUACAGGCAACAAAGUCAUUUAAACUUCGGGCUAGAAUGCUAGCAUACAGUAGACUGAUCUGUUUGGUUGUAUGGGUAUUGUCAAUUUUAAUUUCCAGUUCCACUUUCAUAUUCAGUCAAAGCUACAGCCACUCCAUCAAUGAAACAGAACAGAUUUGUGAACACAGUGCCUUUUUUCUCUGUACUGGCUCUAAAUUAUUCCUGCUGGGUAUGCAACUUCUAUUUGGAUUUUUUAUCCCUCUGCUGUUUAUGGUAUUUUGCUCUGCAUUCAUUGUCAAAAGCUUGGUGAAAGCUCAGAAUUCCAAAAGAAACAAAGCAAUAUGUCUGCUUGUAUUAAUUGUAGCUGUUUUCCUGGUUUGUCAGGUACCAUAUAACAUGGUUCUUCUUGUGACUGCCAUAAAUAUGGGUAAAUUGAAUAAACUUUGUGAUAGUGAAAAGCAAAUAGCCUUUGCAAAGUACAUUACAGAAGUCCUGGCCUUCUUCCAUUGUUGUUUGAACCCUGUGCUCUACGCUUUUAUUGGGGUGAAAUUUAGAAGUUACUUUCUGAAUAUGAUGAACGAUCUGUGGUGCUUGAGAAAUAAGAAAUACAAAACCAAGAGUUGAAGGACAAGUUUUGAUACCUAUCACUCAAGGCAGACAAGUGAAAUUAUGAGUGACAAUGUGUCAUCCUUUACUAUGUAA